UCGUCACGUCAUAUUUGUCAUUCCAGUUUCGGAUGUCGCCGAUGUCGGAGGUGCUUCGUUGAGCGUGGUUCAAUUUAUUUAGUGUUGUUUAUGUGUUAUUAUUCUUGGUUUAAUCUCUAUCUCUGUGUUUUAUUGUGUUAGUGGCUUUAAGAGCAAAUCGUGCCGUAUAUCUAAUAAAUAUAAGAGAGUUUAUAUUUAAUUCUUCUAUACGAGUCGGAAUUUGUCAUAUAGAUUUGCGUUCAUUCCUAGACAACAAGAUCAAAUUCUUCAUCGAAAAUAGCAAGGAUAAAGAAAAUAGUGUUGUAUUGUACUGAUUAGACAGGAGAGCAGUUAGCAGAAUUGCAAAAUGCCACAAACAGGGGAUGAAACGCCGGGCUCGCAACGCCUUACCAAUGACGAUUUUCGUAAAUUGCUGAUGACUCCGCGUUCUACUCCAGCUAAUGCACCUGCUGCCCCUGGAUCUAUAAGAGAAGCUAUGCAAAAUGGUUCGAGUAUGCCCCCGCCUAAAAUAGAAGAUAAACAAGAAGCCAGGAAGAAACGGAAAAGUUUUUAUGCCAAAUUAAAGAAACAGGAAGAUAAUAAAAUCGCAGAACUAGCAGAGAAAUAUCGUGAUAGAGCUAGUGAAAGAAGAAAAGGUGCAAAUCCGGAUUAUCAAGCUGAUGAUCCUGUUGCAACGGCUCAAGCAUAUAGAGCGGUUGCCCCCGAUCUAAAAUCUGGAUUUGAUGCUGCUGAACGUAGGAGACAAAUGAUUCAGGAAUCAAAAUUUUUGGGUGGUGACAUGGAACAUACUCAUUUAGUAAAGGGUCUUGAUUAUGCAUUGCUACAAAAAGUUCGAAGUGAAAUUCAACAUAAGGAACUUGAACAAGAACAGGAGUUGGAGCGUCUGGCUAGUGAAUCAGAGGAAAAGAAAAAAGAAAAGGAAAAAACAAACAUACUAAAAAAAGAGGAGGAAGAAUUGAAGUUUAAAACAAAACUGGGAAGAUCUGUCUAUCAUACAGUGAAUUUAUUAAAAUCUAGGCAUAUUGAAAAGUCAGAUAUGUUCGUUCCAGGUCGAAUGGCAUAUGUAAUUGAUUUAGAUGAUGAGGCUGAGACUGAUAUUCCCACUACAUUAAUUCGAUCAGUAGCAGAUGUUCCAUCAUUUGAAUUGACAUCUAGUUUGACCACCAAUGACAUAGUCAUCAACAAGCUUACUCAAAUUUUAAGCUACUUAAGACAAGGUAAUCGGAAGAAGAAUAAAAACAAACGUAAUUUAGUUGACACUAAAGAUUAUGAAAGGGACGAAGAACCUGAAAUACCUGCAAAAUCUGCAAAGAGAAGUAAUAACAAUGAGGACUCUAUUUACGGAGAUAUAGGAGAUUAUGUUCCAUCGCGUAGUAAACACCACAGAGAAUCAAGAUCGAGCAAGCACAGUUCAUACUUUGAUAAACAGGAUCACAGAGAAUCUGUUGAUAAUGCGGCUCCAUCAUACCGAGUUAACAAAUCUGCCGAAAUCCUUAAUAAACUUCAGCAGGAACCCGAAGGCUAUGCUGAAUGCUAUCCUGGUUUAGAAGAAAUGAAUGAUGCCAUUGAUGAUAGCGAUGAUGAAGUCGAUUACUCUAAAAUGGAUCUUGGGAAUAAAAAGGGACCUAUUGGUAGAUGGGACUUUGAUACUGCUGAAGAAUAUUCUGAUUAUAUGAAUCAGAAAGAAGCUUUACCAAAAGCUGCUUUUCAAUAUGGUCUCAAGAUGGCAGAUGGACGAAGAUCUAGAAAACAUAAGGACAAAAACGAAAAAGCCCACCUUGACAGAGAAUGGCAGAAAAUUCAAAAUAUUAUUCACAAAAGAAAUUAGUUCUUUGAGAAGAUUUUUGAGCUCCAGUGAAUUUCUUUAAUGUGUAGUAUAACAAUAUUAAAAAUCAUUGUAAUAUGUAAUAAUCAAUAUAAACUGUAUUUUCUAUUAUAAUAUGUAUAUAAGAAACGAAUAAUAAAAUGAACAACAAUAA